AUGAGGUUAGUCGGUGAUAACACUAGCUUCAAUUCAUACUUUUAUGUGUUAACAUUUGCAUCAUGGUUAUUGAAAGUUGGAGAUGGAGAUUUAGGACAUCCAGAUGUAACUGACACAACAGACACAAAAUGGAUUGACAUACCGUCCUCACUCACCAUUCCUUCAGGAGAAGCAGUGUUACAAAGUCUUCAAAACAUGUCUGAAAUAUUCAUAACCAUUUCGGAGUUGCAGUAUGGAUCUCCGGGAAUGAAACUUCAAGUACGUAUCCUGCGCACAUGGAUACCACAACAGCGUACGUAUGAAACUUGUGAUCAAGAAAUUGCUAUAAGUCUUUGGAGAGAGUGCACAGAUGUGUCAGAGAAGUUUGACCGUGUAGCCAUUGAAACUGCAAUUGGGCCUACAGUAAUAGUUGUAACAAAUGUUAAAAUCACACCAGUUUCUGGUUCACUAAUGCUAGGAACAACAAGUGCAAGUUAUGUUUACAUCAACCCACCAAUCGCAGAAACAACCACAUCACUCAAUAGUUUCACAACAAAUCCUACUUCCUUAAAUGCAAUAUCCGCACCACCAAUAUCACUAUUUGACAUGAAGAACAAAAGUCACUCUGAUCUUCUGGAAAGGACAUUUUCAGUAACAGCAUCAAUCGUUGACUUCAAAUUCACAGACACCUGGUACAACGUACUAUGUCCCCUAUGCAGAAGACCAACACUGAAACAGGGGAAUAACUGGUUCUGCCCAUCACACGGAGUAGCCAAUGACCCAACUUACGUGUAUGUAACUCUACUUUAA